AUGCCGAGGCUCUUGAGGCACUUCGGAAUGAUCAGCAAGAUCAAGGCUACGUCGUUAACGUUGCAAAAGCAAGACUUCCGGAAGGCUAAGCGUAAAGCAGCCACCAUUCGGUGCCAGUAUAGUGGUAGCUAUAGGUCCUGGGAGGAGAAUGAGGGCAAGUACAAAACGUCAACCAAAAAGUCAGGAUGCCUGUUUUACAGUAACAUCCGAUUCCACCAACCUUCGCAGUCGUACAGGGUUACUUUCAAGGUCAAUUCCCACUGCCACGAGCCUCUCUUCGCGCCGGCUGCCUCUGCCCUUAUUCGUCAACGCAGUCAACGCAAAUUUGGCAUCGAACGACUAUACCGUCUCGUUGAGACCUAUAGUAGCAACGCAGCUAAUAUGCGGAAGGAUAUUGCCGAGGCUACCCAACGCGACCAUCCUGAGGUCCUAAUCAACGAUCGUGAUGUAGGAUACAUUCAGCGCCAGCUUCGUCUUCAACGCUACGGCGCUACUACAUCUACACAAGCGUUCCUCGACGUACUCCUCGCUGCAAAGGCCGACGGGGAAGUCGCCUUCUUUGCAGUUGACCGUGGCCCUAAUGGCAAGAUCUGGAGGAUAUUCUGGAUAUACUCUGACUGUCUUGCUGACUGGAAGCGUAACCCGGAACUCCUUAUCAUGGAUAACACGUAUCUUGUCAACCGUUUCAACCAAUGCUCCUAA